AUGACCAAGGUCAAGGCUUCUGAUCUCCGAGGAAAGUCCAAGACUGAACUCACCGCCCGAUUGAACGAGGCUAAGCAGGAGCUCAACUCCCUCCGAGUCGCAAAGGUCUCCGGCUCUGGCGCUGCUUCCAAGCUCGCCAAGAUCCGAGUCGUUCGAAAGAGCAUCGCCCAAACCUUGAACGUCAUCAACCAGACCCAGAAGGCUGAGAUCCGAAAGCUCUACCAGGGUAAGAAGUACAAGCCAGUUGAUCUUCGACCCAAGAAGACCCGAGCCCUUCGACGACGACUCAACAAACACCAGGAGUCCCUCCUCAGCUCCAAGCAGCAGAACAAGCAGCGACUUUACGCUGUCCGAAAAAUGGAGAUGGCGGCAGUGCUCUCUUCGAGCAUUCCAGAUUCUGACUAUGACGCUGUGCAGGCGCCGCUAGGGAAGUCCACGAGUAUCGAUCAUUCUUUGAGGCCAAAAACUUUUGGAAUAGCGACAAAAGCGUCUGAGUCUGUCAAAAACAUCAUGGACAUCCCAGUAGCACCCGUGACCGAGGAUGUACGACGAAUGUACAUUAGAAGUCAUCAUCAUUACGAUGUCAGUGAAAGGCUGAACCGUGGCUAUGAUCCAGCAAACUUUUCACGCGAGAGUGUGUUCGGUGCUCGUACGGAACAUGACAUUAGUGGCUCUCAGACAAAGGCGUCUCUCAAUAUUCCUGAAAGAUCUGUGGAUAACGAACGCGUCGCGCGAUUUCAAGAGAGAAGGAAGGACGUCAUCGGCGUACCUCUCGAUCCAAUCAAAGACUCAAUGAAAGUGCCCGAGGAUCAUUGUUUCGGAUACGUAGAGCUUCCGGACGAUCACGAUGUAGCGUAUCUUCUUCAUAAAGGAUCGUACGAUGUUUUCAAAACAUCAACCCAGAAUAUCAAUGGGAUAUUGAAAAGUGCCCGACUGAGUCUUCAGAAAGCAAACUAUUGCAAAUUCGAAUAUCUUCAAAAAACAAUCUCAGAUGAUAAAUUUGACGCGAGCCCAUCAAAAGUGCUUCAUAACCUGCAGAAAUGCUACUUCCCAAUCAGCGACGAUCAGCUCGCCACUAUUCUAGUUUUCUUUACCGACGAAACGGGCCAAGUGGACACAAAGAGCUUCUUGAGUGCUUUGGACUGGCGCUCCCCUUUCCAUCUGCCAGAGAACUUCACUGAAAAAGCAGUUGAUGAAGUCAGCACAGCUAGACGAAAUCUGUCCAAGAUGUCGGACGCCAUAGAUGAGGAAUUGAAUUCUACUUCUACUCGAGAUUGGAAUCGGUACGGUGUACCAUCUCUACGAAGUGAUUUGCCGCCACCUCGAAUUAGACGAGUAGCGGAUAAAAAGAAUUAUGGUGACGAGGGAAACGCAGGUGUCCUUACCAAUCCCUCCAUCAUGGAAGCUCAUGGAGUGUUUACAAGUGACCUUUAUGAGCCGCGAACAAUGACCGACAUACUGAACCUCUACAAAGCAAUUGGUGUUGAAGUAGACGUUUCCAAGCUCGAAGAACUCUGGCAAGCCCACUCAGAUUCCAGCGCUAUGCUUUCGUUCAUCGAUGUAAAUCGACUGCUGGACUCCGCCUAA